GCACGCGGCACGAGGCAGCGGCCACCAAGACCGGGUGGGCUGGGCGCCCAGGCCACGCCUCCCGGGCCACGUCACCAUGGCAGGGACUGAGAUCUCUGUCCCUUCCGAGCAGUUUACCAAAAUCAAAGCGCCGGAGCUGGUCCCAGAAGUCCUACUAGAGGAGGAAGAAGACAGAGCGUGCAGAGGGAGGGAGCCCCCCGGGCCCAGAGAUGGGCAGGCCCUGUGCCCCUACAGGCCCCUCCAGGCCAAGGGGCCAGAGCGCGAGCAGGAGCCGCUGCUCACCACGGAAGAGAGCGAGAAGCACAUUCUGACGCUGCAGACGGUGCACUUCUCCGAAGACGUCAGCUGGCUCAGCCCGCAGCCCCAGGACGGUGUGCAGGUGACCGUCCAGCAGGCAGGUGGCGGGCCGCAGCCCCUGCUCUGGCUGGGUGAGGGGGCCCCGCCGUGCGUCACCAUCAGCCUCCAGGAGGAAGUGUACUCGCUGCAGGAGAUGCAGGUAAUGGAGCUGCACGUUCUGGAAGGUGGCCUGGCCGGGGCCAGCGAAGAGAGCAAGUUUGUGGUGAGCCUGGCGGAAAGCCCUGGAUUGUUGAAGCUUGAGAAAGGCCAGGACGAGGACCGGCUGCUGGCUGAAGGCGGGUUCGAGCCCCAGGCGGGAGAGCAGCUCUUCCUGGUGGAGGCGACUCCAGGAGAUGAAGGAGGAGAUGAAAUCGUGCUGACCAUUUCAAACCUACACGUGGAAGGACAGGAAGAUACGCCCGCAUCCGGUCAAGGACAUGCUGACAAAGCCGACUCACCAAAAAAAACAAAAAAGGCGAAGGGUAGGCCACGAACCUUCCGCUGUGAUAGCUGCAUGUUCACCUCUUCUAGAAUUUCGAGUUUUAAUCGUCACAUGAAAACCCACAGCACUGAAAAGCCACAUAUGUGUCACCUUUGCCUGAAAGCUUUCCGCACCAUCACUCUUCUGCGGAAUCAUGUCAAUACCCACACAGGAACCAGGCCCUACAAGUGCAGUGACUGCGACAUGGCAUUUGUCACCAGCGGAGAACUGGUCCGACACAGACGCUACAAACACACUCACGAGAAGCCCUUCAAAUGUUCCAUGUGCAAGUACGCCAGCGUGGAAGCUAGCAAGCUGAAGCGUCACAUCCGCUCGCACACGGGGGAGCGUCCCUUCCAGUGCCUUCUGUGCAGCUACGCCAGCAAGGACACCUACAAGCUGAAGAGGCACAUGAGGACGCACUCAGGCGAGAAGCCGUACGAAUGCCACGUGUGCCACGCUCGCUUCACCCAGAGUGGCACCUUGAAAAUACACAUCGUGCAGAAGCACAGCGAGAACGUCCCCAAGUACCAGUGUCCGCACUGCGCCACCGUCAUUGCAAGGAAGAGUGACCUGCGUGUCCACCUGCGCAACUUGCACACGUACAAGGCCACGGAGAUGAAGUGUCGCUGCUGCUCCGCGGCCUUCCAUGAACGCUACGCCCUCAUUCAGCACCAGAAGACUCACAAGAAUGAGAAGAGGUUCAAGUGUGAACACUGCAGUUACGCCUGCAAGCAGGAGCGUCAUAUGACCGUUCACAUCCGCACCCACACCGGGGAGAAGCCAUUCACCUGCCUCUCGUGCAGUAAAUGUUUCCGGCAGAAGCAGUUGCUAAACGCGCACUUCAAGAAAUACCACGAUGCCAGUUUCAUCCCGGCCGUUUACGGAUGCCCCAAGUGUGGCAAAGGCUUCUCCCGCUGGGUAAGCUUACUUAAGUCCCAGUAAAUCCUCCUCGAAGAGGUUCCUCUGUUUCACAGGCGCUGAAACUCGGGGAGUUUAAACCCAAUUAUAGAAACUUGCCAGGGCUGAAGGCAGCGUCUGUC